AGGUCAGUAAGCUUUAUGAGAGAAUCAAAGUUUGUAAAUGGAGAUUUGUGAAUCAGCUUCGCAGCUAGUUUCGAUUACCCUUUCCCUGCAGGCAUGGUCAAAUUAUAUUUGUUGUGAUUUUGUUUCAGGAGGUGCAGCGGCCUAUGUAAACUAACGACACAAUGAGUCUAGUUCUUCAUGAUCUCCUGGCCUGCUGCAGAGGGUUGGAAAAUGACAAGGCUACAGAGAGGAAGAAAGAAACGGAGCGCUUCAGAAGACUCAUUCGGUCUAAAGAGGUCAUUCAGGAAUUGGAUCGCACCUCUGGGGCUAAAGCUAAAGGCUCCGGUCAGCUCACAUGGGAUGCUGUUUUCAGGUUUCUGCAGCGUUUUGUCCAGAAGGAGACUGAGAGCAUGCAGUCUAGUAAAUCCAAUGUCACAGCGACUACAAUGGCCACACGGCAGAAGAAGAUGGCUGAAACGUGCAGCUUGGUCAAAUUUUUCAUUCGAUAUGCAAACAAACGGGGACCAAGGCUGAAAUGCAGCGAGCUUCUGAAACACGUGAUGGAGGUGCUGCAGAGUUCAUUCUGCUGCUCAGCAUAUGGAGAGAAUUACAGCAGCCUCCUUUUAAAGGACAUCCUUUCUGUCCGCAAGUACUGGUGCGACGUCACUCGGCAGCAGUGGCAGAGCCUUUUGGAGUUGUAUUGCGGCCUGUUCAGCUCCUCAUCCAGAGCCAUCAACCGCGUGCUGCUCAGCAGAGUCAUCUAUGUAGUAGUGAAGGGCUGCUGCACACAGACGGAGGGAUUCAACUCCGCUUUGUUCAGCUUCUUCUCCAAAGCAAUGCUUAACGCCAGGCAAGAAAAACACCUCAGUAUCCUGGAGCAUCUCGUCUCGGCUCUGAACAUCUUCCUGAGAUCUGCUGCCAUGAACUGUCGCAUGAGAGUUUGCCGACUCGGAGAGGAGCUUCUUCCCUCUUUACUGAGCGUCUGGGAAGACAUGAGGCCGAGUGCCAACCUCAAGGAGGAGAUCAUGGAGUUCUUCAGCUUGCAGCUCCGUGUUCACCAUCCGAAGGGAGCCAAGACACAAGACGCAGGCGCUCAUGCGGAGGACUGGACCAGAUGGUGCGGCCUGCUGUACAACCUGUACGACGCUUUGGUCAGAGAGAUCAGCCACAUCGGCAGCAGGGGGAAGUACGCCACCGGGACCAGACACAUCGCUGUGAAAGACGGCCUCAUUGAACUCACUGCUGACAUCUGCCACCAGCUGUUCAGCGAUGGCAGUGAUGCCCAAACAUUGGAGGUCACUCAGGCCUCCUUCAGAGGCACACAGAUGGGAAGCCCCUCCCACGGAGCAGCCAGCAAGAGACGGCGCAUAGAGCUGGGCUGGGAGGUACUCCGUGACCAUCUGCAACCACAGCACAGCGAUUUUGACGUCAUUCCAUGGCUGCAGAUCACUGCAGUGCUUGCCUCUAAGUACCCAUCCAUGGUGCCCGGUAAGGAACUGGUCCAGCUGUUGUCAGUGCUGUAUCAGCUUCUGGCCGAGCAGCGGAGAGGCGACAGGGGGCCCUACGUGCUUCGCUGCCUCACGGCGGUCGCCCGCUGCCAGGCCUGCUUCACGCAGACAGCUCAGAUCCACAGAGCGGAGCUGGGAAGGCUCUGGGUGCGGAUCUGGCCCCUGGCAUUGCGAGGCGUCAGCUCCCCUCAGACGGAGUCUCUCAGUCUGGACCUGCUGGCCUCCAUUGUCUGUGGGGGACUGAUCGAUGUAGACAGAGAAUUCUGGAAACUCUUCCGUGCAUCGGCAUGCAAACCAACCCGGAGCGCUGCGCUCUGUCUCACCCAGGCGAUUCUCACGUGGCCAAUCCCAAAGAGCGCUGGAUGGAGUUCAGGUAUUGACUACAUGGUAACCACAGAGGGGACUGCCUCACCCAGCCUGAAGGAGAGCCUCAUAGCCUGGCUGCUAAUGAGUGACCAGAAGGAUGAGAUGGAGGAUAGCUGCACCCCUCACCCCGUUAUCUGCAGAGAUUUUCCUCAUAAUCUUAUUGCAAGAAUCCUGGUUUCACUGACGUUCAAGGAUUCAAGGGUUGGGCUAAAGUUUCUGCUGGGUGCUGAAGGGAUAAAAAGUCCCUUUUUAAAAGACGAUGUUUCAACCGAUGCCAAAGACAAGUGGGAGGACAUUGAGAGUUUGUACCAGCAGUUCAGCUUUAGCACGGCGCCGUCUGACAUCAGAGCGACUGAUGAUGAGUGGGUGAACGUGGCAUCCGCUGAUAUUCAGCUGGCCGUCAUCCCCGCUCUUAGAAACAAGCUGGAGAAGAGCCUGCUAUCCGUGGCCGACGCUCUGCUCAGCUGCUACUCUCCUGAUUCUCAGUCCACCCCUCCUGAGUGCCUGGUGCGCUGUGUCAGCCAGCUGACAGGUGUGCUGGCAGGUUUUGUCUCGGCGGGACUUUUGAGUGAGGAGGAGGCCUGCCGCUCGCAGCUUUUCACCAAAGCAAAGGCUGUGGCCCAGGACCUCGGUGGGUUUGUUUCCAGCGUCAAAGUGAAAAUGAGCGAGGAGGGGACCAUGUCCACACUCAGAUCGCUUAUGAACCUUUGCACAGAGUCUGCCAACAGAAAAGCCACGGGUCAAGUGGGAUCCAUCUUCUCGGGUUUAUUUAUAAUGACUCUGCCUCCCAGCCUGUUCACAGAGCUGGCUGAGAUCUGCAAACUUCAUGUGUUCAGCAAUGUUUCUAAGCGGGUCAGUGUCGUGGAAGAUGAUGAGAUGAUGGACGAUGAGUUGGAAAUGACUAGAAAUGCUCCUGCUGGUAACGACAUCGACCUGUUUGAGGAUGGGGAGGAAGCCAACGGCAGCGCCAGCGAGAACCACAGGCAGAAAGAGGACGGCGGCGAUGCCUCGUGCGGCCCGGGUGCCAAAAGCCUGCUAACAGAGGACUACCUGGGGAAGCAGGACCUGGCUGUCCUUGCAGUCUUGGAGUUCCUGUGUGAAUGCGCCUGCGCCGAGCCCCUCCGCUGCCUGCUGUUUAAACCUCAGGAUGUGCGGCGCAGGCUGCUGCUCUUGCUGAGGGAGAUCGACUUCAGCAAAGCUCUGCACCUCCACAUGUAUCUGAUCCUGUUGAAGAAACUUCCAGCUGAGGACUCCCUGUCUCCGGAGGAGUUCGAUACCCUGCUCCGCCCUCUCGCGGAUCUGUGUUCUUUGUACCGUCAGGAUCAGGACAUCUGUGCUUCUGUGUUGCUCAGUUUGUUACCCUCCAUACAGAGCCUGGGGAAGACCAGACACCUGCCAGAGGAGAUGAAACACGUACAGGGAUCACUUCUACAAGUCUUGUCUGGCUUCUGCAUCUUGAGCCAGGGGGGGAAAUGCGUGGCGGCUGUCCGAGCUGCUUUAGUUCAGUGUCUCAUCGCCCUGCUGGAGGCUGACCCUCUGUGUGACUGGGCUAAGAUAUCUCUCAAACGGACUGAAAAGGAGGAGGAUGUCCCCUCUCCUGUGUUCUCCAUUCUCCCAUUGCAUCUCGCAGACGCUCACCACCAGGUCCGCAUGCUGGCUGCUCUGUCUGCAGACAGAUUGUUUCUUGAUUUGAGACCAAAUCAUUCAGAUAAGAGGAAGAUGUUGCCUCUAAAACACCAACAGGCAGCAUUUGACAACAUCUACCUAAAGGCUCAGGAGGGGAUGAGGCUACCGAAAGGUGGCUCCCCGGACGACCAGCCGGACGAAGCGUUCAACCGCAAAGCCGCCCUGCUGAGGAGCCUCUCUGUGGUUCUGUGCUGUAGCCCGGUUUGUGAGAAACAGUGUCUGUUUGCUCUCUUCCAGUCCUACAAGGAGAACAACGUGGAAGAGGAGCUCAUCAAAAAGAUGUUAUGCAGCGUGUCUAAAACACAGAGUUACAGGAGUGUAAAAACCUUCAUCACUUCUCACCUGUACUACCUGGUAGCCGAGUGGCUCGCACAGAGGCAAUCAGACGACCGCUACACUCUCGGAUCUUUCCCCUACAGCCUGCUGGAUCAUAACACAGUCAAAGAUUUCUACAACUCUUGUUACCAGGUGCUGAUCCCCCACCUGGUCUUCCUGGAUGACUUUGAGCAGGUGAAGUCCAUUGGCCGGUGCCUCGAGAGGGACUGGAGGGACUUACUGGCCGACUGUUUCCCCAAGAUCAUGGUGAACAUCCUGCCGUACUUUGCCUUUAAAGGCCAGGAGUCUCAGGUUGCACAGCAGAGGGAGAAGGCCCACCGAGUGUACGACCUCCUGAAGGAUGCAAGCUGUCUGGGCAAACAGCAAAUUGACAACCUGAUUCACAGCAACUUGUCGGACAUCGUAGUGGAGCUGCUGAUGACUCUGUAUGAAGGCUGCAACGCAGACGGAGACACAGGAGACCUGAACCGCUUCACUGGAGAGUUGGACCCACUACCGAACCCCCCGUAUUUUAGCUCGUAUGUCAUCAAAGCCACACUGGACUACCUCAGCAAAUGCCACAGCGCCAGCCAUAAGUCUCUGGUGGCCAUUCUGUCUAAAACCCCGAUUUCCAUCCAGAAGAUCCUGCUGGCGGUUUGUGAGAAAGCAGCAGAGACGAGCAACAGCUACGAACGCCACCGCAUCCUCCUCAUGUACCAUUUGUUUGUCAGCCUGCUGCUUAGGGAGGUGAAGGACGGCCUGGGAGGAGCCUGGGCCUUCGUCCUCAGAGACAUUAUCUACACUCUCAUUCAUCAUAUCAACAGCAGACCGCCCCAGUGUGACGAGGUUUCCAACAGGAGCCUCGCUCUGUGCUGCGACCUGCUCGCCUCUGUGUGUCAGGCAGCACUGCAGUUCUGUGAUGACGCUCUUGACUGCCACCUUCAGGUCAUAGUGGGGACUCUCACCGCUCAGGUCACCAGUCAGCCUUUUAUUUCCCAGCAGGUGCUGAGCCUACUGCAGUUCCUCAUCAUAGAGAACCAGCAAAAACUAAAAGGGCCCAUCAGCAACUUGGAGCCUUUCUCUGACAUCCCAGAGUUCAAGGAGCUGCGCUCAGUGCAGCACAGACUCAAAUAUAAAAGCGGCAGCUUCACACUGAGACAGGAAAUAAUGCAUUUCCUGUCGGCGUCAUCGUCUGACUCUUUACCGCUGACCAGACUCGAAGGGUUAAAAGAGUUGACUCGACAGCUCCAUGGCAACAAAGAUCAGAUCCGAGAGCUGCUCAAAGAGUGUCACGCUAACCCCACUGACAGCGUGCUGGUGAAGCUGGUUCUUAGUCUGCUACAGCUUUGCAAAAUGGCUGCCAAUCACCCCGGAGGUGUUGACAUUCUAGAGGCUGCAGGCACCUGUCUUGGGGAACUGGGUCCAGUUGACUUCUCCACCAUCGCCCUCCUUCACGGUAGAGACCCCCUCUAUGAGAGAGCCGCAUCUCUUUUCACCUCCACCGAGCUGCAACAUCUUUACAUCAUCCUGAACUGCAUGAAUGAUGCCCUCACGCAGCAGAGCAUUGAGGUGAGACGGGCUGCAGCUCAGUGUGUGAAGAACAUCCUGGCUACUCAGUCCGGCGUUGACUUCUGGGACCAACAUAAAGACAACAGGGACCCCAUGCUGGCUUACCUCAACCCAUUUAGAUCAGCCAAAAACAAGGUGGCUUCUGUGAGUGUUGAGGAGAGUUCAGAGGCUAAAGGGAAGCUGGAGAGCCAGGAGUUUUGGAUCCCACAGGCAGGGGGCCACAAGGCCUGGCUGAGGGAGCUGUGCACAGCCCUGCUGGACAGUGGAGGGGUGAGGAGCGAGGCUCUGCUGCUGUCACGGCCUCUGUGUCUGGUGAUGGCAGACUGCUGCCAGAGGCUUCUUCCCCUCAUCAUCCACUCCAUCCUUCUGGACGACCCCAACGGCUCUUGGAGGGAGCUGCUCUCCACCCGCAUUCAGGACUUCUUCAGCUUCUGUUCCAGGAGCGCUCAGGCUGCCAGUCGCUCCGCAACUCCUCUCAACUCUGACUCUGAGUCCGACUCUGCAAGCCAGGGUUUGUACGAUAAGGCCUCCUUGCGAACCAUGCUGGCUGUUAUCGACUAUCUGAGACACCAGCAGAGAACAGUGGCAGCUGAAAGUAAUGCUUGUGGCACCGUGUGCGACUCCAACUUCUGGCUGGAGCUGAACUACCUUCAGGUGGCCAGAGCGGCUCAGUCCUGCUCGGCUCACUUCACCGCUCUGCUCUACACGGAGAUCUAUGUGGACAAGAUCAGAGUCAACAUGGAGGAGAGCGGCAGAACCAAGUCCAGAGCCACACGCAGGAUUAAUUUUGAAGAGAACAGCCAGAAAUUCAACAUCUCCAGUCUGACUGAGAAAAGUAUGGAAGACACCAACAUCAGUCUGCAGGAGCUGCUUAUUGAGGUGUAUCGCAGUAUUGGUGAGCCGGACAGUCUUUACGGCUGUGGAGGGGAAACCAUGACCAGUCCACUCACCAGGAUACGAACAUAUGAGCAUGAAGCUAUGUGGGGGAAAGCUCUGACUUCAUACGAUCUUCACUCUUCUCUACCUGAAGUUACUCGACUUGUAGGAAUUGUCGAGGGAAUGCAGAACUUUGGGCUCAGCAGCAUCCUGGCCACCUACAUGAGGGGGUUGGAGAGUGAAGGUGUGGAGUGGGGGGCUGAGCUGCGAGAGCGCCGCUUUGAGGCCGCCUGGAGGAACACGCAGUGGGACUGCGAGCAGUCGGAGAGUGAUAAAGCCACCCCUGGCUUCCAUGAGUCUGUGUUUUCUGCCCUGCAAGCACUGAGGGACAAAGAGUUCUCCAUAUUUGAAGACACCCUUAAACAAGCCAGGGUGGCUGAAGUGGAGGAGCUCUGCAGAGGCACUUUAGAGGCUGUGUCCUCUCUGUAUCCGGCCCUGAGGAACCUGCAGAGCAUCAGGGAGCUGGAAAGCGUCAAGCAGCUCUUUGUUAGACCCUUCUCUGAUGUGACCCUGAGGGAAGUUUGCCACCAGUGGCGGCAGCAUUCCCAGCUGCUAGUGGACAGUGACUUUACUGUGGUGGAGCCCAUCCUGGCUCUACGCUCUGUAGCGCAGAACACCCUGUUAUCCAGAACGGAGGACUCAGAAAGCAACCAUCAGCUCAGCGCGGUGCUCACAGAGCACCUGAUGGAGCUCUGUCGAUUGGCUCGGAAAGCUGGGAAUACACAGCUUGCAGAGCGUGCAGUCUACCAGAUGAAGCAGCACAGCGACGGAGGAACCUGGGCGUCUUCUCCUGUGUUGUCAUGGCAGCUGGAGGAGGCCCAGGUGUUCUGGGCAAAGGGAGAGCAGGGUCUGGCUCUAGGCCUGCUGAGGCAGAUGAUCCACAGCCUGGAAGCCAAGGUUGAUUUCAAUCCAGCUCUGCCUCCCCUCUUCACCGAGUGCCUCAGGCUGUGUGGGAACUGGCUGGCUGAAACCUGCCUGGAAAGUCCUGGAGUCAUACUGGAAAAGUACCUGGAGAGGGCGGUGGAGGUAAUAGAGGCGAACUCUGGAGCGCGGGACUCCAGGCUGCAAAGCCAGCGGACCCAGGCUUUCUUGUCUCUGGCUCGCUUCUCUGACGCUCAGUACCAGAGCAUCGACAAGUACAUGAACUCGUCCGAGUUUGAGAACAAGCGGACGCUGCUGGAGAAGGCCAAGGAGGAAGUGGAUCUGAUGAAGGAGCGUAAAGUGACUUCCAACAGGUACACCGUAAAGGUGCAAAGGGAGCUGGAGCUGGACGAAAAGGCCUUGUCCAACCUAAGAACAGACCGACAGCGCUUUCUAUGCAAGGCGGUGGAGAAUUACAUUCAGUGUCUGGAACAAGGGGAGGAGCAUGACACCUGGAUUUUCCGUCUGGCUUCGCUCUGGCUGGAAAACGCUGAGAUUAAAGAUGUCAACGACAUAAUGAAGACGGGAGUGAAACAGAUCCCGUCCUACAAGUUUUUGCCCCUCAUGUAUCAACUGGCUGCCCGCAUGGGAACGAAAAUGGCGGCCGGCGUCUCUGAGGACACAGGAUUCCAUGAAGUCCUUAUUGAUCUCAUCUGCAGGGCGUCUUUGGAACAUCCUCACCACACACUCUUCAUCAUCUUCGCUCUGGUCAACGCCAACAAAGAUGAGAGCUUCUGCAGGAUGCGGCCAUCAAAAAGCGCUCCGCGGCAGCUGUCGCAGUUUGAUCAGGAGCGCUCCGAUGUGGCUCGGAAGAUCAUUUCUGUGAUCAGGAAGAAGCGAGGCAGCAUGAUCCGAGGGAUCGAGCGUCUGUGUGACGCCUACAUCACUCUGGCUUACAUGGACGCCAGCAGGCACAAAACUGAGAAGAAGGCCAUUCCCAUCCCUGCUGAUCAGCCCAUCAUGCAGCUCAAAGACCUGGACGAGGUGGUCAUCCCCACCAUGGAGAUUAAGGUCGAUCCGUCUGGUUGCUAUGAAAACCUGGUGACUGUUAGAGGCUUCCUGCCUCACUACCACCUCGCCGGAGGAGUCAACCUGCCCAAGAUCAUCGACUGUGUGGGCUCUGACGGCAAGAGCAGGAGACAGCUGGUGAAGGGUCAGGACGACCUGCGGCAGGACGCAGUGAUGCAACAGGUUUUCAGCAUGUGCUCCAUGCUGCUGCAGCGCAACACGGACACCCGGAAGAGAAAGCUGAACAUCAGACGAUACAAGGUGGUGCCGUUCUCACAGCGCAGCGGCGUGCUGGAGUGGUGCUCGGGCACCGUGCCCAUCGGGGAGUUUCUGGUGGAACCCAAUAAAGGAGCUCACAAACGGUUCCGGCCUCAAGACUGGACCAACCUGGCCUGCCGAAGGAGGAUGAUGGAGGCUCAGAGGCAGGGCUUUGAUGAGAAGCUUGAGGCUUACGCUGAGGUGUGUAAGAAGUUCAGACCGGUCUUUAGGUACUUCUGCAUGGAAAGAUUCCUAGACCCAGCAGUGUGGAUGGAGAAGCGACUGGCCUACACACGAAGCGUGGCCACAUCCUCCAUAGUUGGCUACAUCGUUGGCCUCGGGGACAGACAUAUCCAGAAUAUCCUGAUUGAUGAACAGAGCGCUGAACUAGUCCACAUCGACUUGGGUGUGGCGUUCGAGCAGGGGAAGAUCCUCCCAACCCCUGAAACCGUUCCCUUCAGGCUCUCUAGAGACAUAGUGGACGGGAUGGGCAUCACCGGAGUGGAGGGGGUCUUUAGGAGAUGUUGUGAGAAGACGAUGGAGGUGAUGAGGAGCUCUCAGGAGGCUCUCUUGACAAUCGUAGAGGUGCUGCUGUAUGACCCAUUGUUUGACUGGACCAUGAACCCUCUGAAGGCCUUCUACCUGCAGCACGACGAACACCAGGAGCUCAAUGCCACCCUGAGCUCCACCAUGGGAGGAGAAGACCUCGUCAACCAUCGUAAAUCCAGUGACAGCCAGAGCUCCAACAAGGUGGCAGAGAGGGUGCUGCUGCGUCUGCAGGAGAAGCUGAAAGGGGUGGAGGAGGGAACGGUGCUCAGCGUGGGGGGGCAGGUCAACCUGCUCAUUCAACAAGCCAUGGACCCCAAAAACCUCAGCAGGCUGUUUCCAGGAUGGCAGGCCUGGGUGUAAACCUCCCCAUCGACAUCAGUUGUUCUGGAGCCUUAAUGGCAGAUCAGUACUGCAGCGGCUCUGUAGAUCCGUUUCUGCCAACUUUGCACUUUAUGAGGAAGCUGUGGAUCCAAUGUAGCCAUGCCUAAAAAAAGUGGAAGUGUUCUUUAGAAAAUGUUGGUCCUUAGCUUUUUUUUCAUCAGGUUCAAUGUGAAUGUUUUCUUUCUGUCCACUGAAGCAUGAUGGAUGAUGAUGAUGAGACUUCUGCCAUUGGCUAUCCAAAGAGCACGCUUUAUGAAUGUAUGAUACUUUAAGCCUCAUGCAGUGCAUUUCAUCUUUUUACUCACUGUUUUUUUUUCUCUAUCCUACUGUAUUUCAUCUCUGGAUGUUUUCUUUCAGCAUA